AUGUAUAGCGUCCAAAAACGAAUGUUUCAUCUCAUGAGAUCCUCAUUCCCCGCCAGAAGAGCGACGACGCAGCCGUCAAAAAACGUAUACGGCAUUGCCAUAACUUUCAGGUUCUACAUGUCUAACACACGAACUGAAACGGAUGAUAAUGGAGAAGCGAAAGGAGGUGAUGCAGGUUAUAUACGCUCGGCAGAAACAAUACACCUAAUGCGAACACUCAAACUGACGGAACCAGACGACUUUCAGAACACUAUUAUUAUGUGGAUAAAGGGUUACGUACGAGGUCCUGGCGGAACAAUCAUACCAUAUCCGGAGGACAGAGCGAUCGAUGUGGACGUAGUGGGUAGUGCUUUCGGUAAAACUGCGGUGGCGAUAGGGGGAACGAAAACAGGAAAGACGACAAGCUACCUCUUGGCACUCAGUGACCUAGUAAACCUUGAACGUCACGAUGCGGAUGGCUUAGGUGCUCAGAGAGAUGAAUAUCGCAACAAAAUUAUUCUCAACAAAUCACUGCGUUCAUGUAAGCCACCUUCCAGACCUAACAUGCCCAAGGUUCAUGGUCUGCCGAAAUUCGAUUGGAACUGUUUGAUGACGCCUUUAGCAAUUGUACUUGUCCCACAUAGAGAAAUGGGAAUGGAGAUUUUUGCUCUGAGCUCUAAAAUGGAGCUUAGGACUAGGCUAUUUGCUGGAGGUAUGGGAUACAAAAAGCAGUCAUCGUUCGCCGGCGGUUAUGCCUCAGUUGCGAAUAAGAAGCAACAUGAUAAUGUUGAUGUGAUUGUUUCGACACCGGAAAUGAUAUUAAGAGUGAUACAUGGUGCUUUUGAUGAUGCGCGCAUUGACAUAAAGUUUCUUCGGUUCCUAAUAAUGGAAGAAGCCGACCUGCUGUGCGAUGGGUUCUACCUAGAACAGGUCAACGAGCUGUUGAAUAUGAUAGAUUCACAACAGCUUAGGACGCUGGGGAUCACAGCCACCAAGACCGAUGCUCUAAUGAACCACAUACAGCAAGCCCACCUAGACGGUAAGGCCGAGAUGUUGAAGCGCGUAACCAUCGUCCACCCCCAAAGCCACACGAUUGGAUCAUCGGUAAGGCAAGUGUUUACCGCAAUCGCUCAGAGCGAUCCUGUGGAUCGUCUGCUUGAAACAUUAGAGGAACUAAACGCGCGUGCCGGUAGCGGUGGUGCUAAGACCGUCGUUUUCUGCAACACCGUGAAAUGUUGCAAGUUCGUGGAGCAUGUUCUCAAGGAUCGUGGUUACAAUACUGAAUCGUUACACGGGGAGAUGGGCUAUGAGCAGCGUAGCAAAAGCGUCAAAGGCUUUGGCACCCGAAGCAACAUACUAGUUGCCACAAACGUCGCUAGCCGAGGUGCUCUCAGUAAACAGGUAGAUCACGUUGUGUCGUUCGACUUUCCAAGGAAUGUUGCGGACUACUUACAUCGAACUGCAAGGGUCGCGAAAAACGGCACUGUGUACACCUUCUUCUCAAAAAAACACUUACCAGUACUAAAAAGCAUACAACGAAUCAACACGCCGGAACAUCGUAUCGAAUAUCGAAAUGUCAGUGCAAGGGUCGCAAGGGUGUUACAGCUGCAAGUUGAAUGGGACGCGAAGUUAGCACUUAGGAACCGUAAACUUAAGAAAGGAGGAAGAAAGGCGCUGAAUCUGCCUCCAAGGCGUAAUAUACUGUCACCAGCUAACAAGAAGAUCAUGAAACGCUUUUAUCUUAGGGAAAAGGCCAUUAAAAAGGUUAAGUUCCUUCAAAAACGCGGACUUUUGCGUAAAGGUUACGGACUUCCUAGGUGGCCUGAUCGAGCAGUGGAGGCUAGCGAGAGCCAGGAGUUCGUACGUAUGCAGCGGUCUGCGGACGGAUUCCUUCAAAUUAUACCUAAAAGGAGAUCUCGUAUAAGACACACUGGUGAGGUAGGUAACCUUUUUUGUGAUAGAGGCGGUGAUUCUCGCGCAGGUGAGCGGAUACGACACCGACGCUCUGCCGAUAGAAAACGCUCCUACUUAUGA